CUUUCCCUCCUACUUUACCUUCAAAACCAACUUUAUCUUUACCCUUACUAGUAGCACUAGCUUUGCCAUCACUACCUUUUUCACCAUUAUAAGUACCACUUGCAUCAGUAUUACCAUUGUCAACACUUCCACCAUGCCCUCCCACCUUACCAGCAUCACCAGUGUUACCACUUCCACCACUAUUUCCACCAACUUCUCCUUGUCCUCCUACUUUACCUUCAAAACCAGCUUUACCCUCAAUCUUAUUAGUAUCACUAACUUUUCCAUCACUACUCUUUUCUCCAUUAAGACUUGCACUUGUACUAGUUGCACCAUUACCAACACCUCCGGCACGACCUCCUGCCUCUCCACCAACAUUAGCGCCACCACUUCCACCAAGUCCUGCUCUCAUUCCACCUCUAAACCCAAACUUAAAACCACCCCCACCAGUCAUACCAGCAUGGCCACCUAUACCUACACCUCCAUUUUUGUCACUGCUACUUGCACCACCAUUACCACCACCUCCUCCCCAUCCUCCUCCUCCUGCACCAACAAUGUUUCCACUACUCUGGAAUUCGCCUCCUACUCCAGCCUUUGCUCCUCCACCCCCAUGGAAAGCUUUAUCAGUUGUAGCAGCACCAGCAACGGCCUUCUCACCUUGAUGUACAGUAUGUGCACCAGCUACUAUAGGUCAAAUCGGGAGUUAAAGAUGUAAACUCGGGCUAAAACUAUUGCCCAUGUUGCGACAUAAGACCACUAGUGUCGUAACACCGAAGACAGAAGAAAUCAAGGGUGAAGCAGGGGCGACAUCACGACGUGGAGGACAGGGAUGUCGCGACGAUGUGAUGAAUAACUUGGAUAAAUCAGUUUCGUUUUUGGUAGCCAAUCAUGGGUAGUAAUUAAUAACUAGGAA